CGGAGGAGUAGGUGAGCGUCGCCGAGACCACUUCCACUAUUAAAGGGCAACGUUGGAGCAUCUUAUUCUUUGGAGAGCAAAACACAUCCGCUUUGAGUAAAAUGGCUUCUGUCACUGGACCUUUUUUUCUACUAUUGCUGAAUUUCGUAUCAAACUGUGUCUUUUGACCGACUUUCCCCCCUGGGAGCGCUCAGAAUAAAGUUUUCUCAUGGUGCACUACUUUAUCCUGAAGCAGCACAGCGCGCUACGGGGAAUCAGAAAUGAAAGCAAGACCGACACUAUAUUUUUGCACAUUUCUCUUUAGGAAGUAUGUCAAAUGGCUUGAUUCUCGCUUUUGAUCUGCGGCUGUGACAGAAAAAACUGCGCGCUAUACGACGGACUUUGGUCACCAUUACGCCUGUUUUGGACAUUUGGAUAGGCGACUGAAGCUCCGAGCCAGACACACUUGGGACUCCGGAGAGCACCAACACCAUGACCAGCUGCUGGCUUGCCUUGGUCGGAUUGUGGUGGAGCGCUUGUUACUGCAUGUUCCUGGUCUCGGGGAGUAAUUAUUCACUGGAUGGAAACAACGAAGUCCAACCGGGUUUCAUCCACCGGCGGCUGCGGACGCACGAGAAGAGAGAGAUGCAGAAGGAGAUCCUGUCCAUCCUCGGGCUGCCGCACAGACCGAGACCGCAUCUGUCACACGGGAAAUACAACUCUGCGCCACUUUUCAUGUUGGACUUAUACAACACCAUCUCCAGCGAGGAGAAAAGCCAAGUGGAAGGCAUCCUGGACCGGUAUGAGUCCAUGAGGACGACCCAGAGUCCUCACAUGGCCACAUAUCAAGAAACUGCCUUUCUAAAUGACGCAGAUAUGGUGAUGAGCUUCGUUAACCUGGUGGAGUACGACAGGGAGCUCUCUCCGCAGCGGCGUCACCACAAGGAGUUUAAGUUCAACCUCUCACAGAUCCCAGAGGGCGAGGCCGUCACCGCAGCAGAGUUUCGCCUCUACAAGGAGUGUGUGAGCCGCGCCUUCCGCAACGACACCUUCUUACUCAAAGUCUACCAGGUGGUCAAGGAGCAUCCUAACAGAGAGGCAGACCUCUUCCUGCUGGAGUCUCGCAGGCUGUGGGGGUCUGAGGAGGGCUGGCUGGAAUUUGACAUCACGGCCACCAGCAACCUGUGGGUGAUGAGCCCGGUACACAAUCUGGGCCUGCAGGUCAGCGUGGAGACCAGCAGCGGGCAGACCAUCAGCGCCAAGGAGGCGGGGCUCGUCGGACGUGACGGUGCGCUGGAGAAGCAGCCCUUCAUGGUGGCGUUCUUCAAAGUCAGUGAAGUGCAUAUGCGCACCGCCCGAUCCACCGGUGGAAAACGUCGCCAGCAGAACCGCAACCGCUCCUCGCAACCACAGGACGGGUCCAGAGGGCUAGGCCCAGCAGAUUACAACAGCAGCGAUCAGAAGACGGCAUGCAGAAGACAUGAGCUCUAUGUCAGCUUCAGAGAGCUGGGCUGGCAGGACUGGAUCAUUGCUCCUGAAGGCUACGCAGCCAACUACUGUGAUGGAGAGUGCUCCUUCCCCCUUAACGCCCACAUGAACGCCACCAACCACGCCAUUGUUCAGACACUGGUGCACCUGAUGAACCCAGAGAACGUACCAAAGCCUUGCUGUGCCCCCACCAAACUCCACGCCAUCUCAGUGCUCUACUUUGAUGACAACUCCAACGUCAUACUGAAGAAAUACAAGAACAUGGUGGUACGGGCUUGCGGCUGCCACUGACAC